ACUACACGCGCCCAUUAAAGGAGGAAAGUCAUUGCAUGUCACUGCAGUCGCUAUGAUGCUGGGUAUACCAAGGCAGAAAAAACGAAAAAGACCUCAACAGGAUGCUGAGCAUCACAUUACUUGUAAAACAGACAAGCCUGAGCUUUAUGAGCAAGUUAUCAGCAAAUAUAAAGGACGUGGAGUUUUCACCACUGAAGCAUUUUUUAGAGGUGAUUUUGUCCUUGAAUACAGAGGUGAACUUCUGACUUCAGAGGAGAGCCUUGAUCGAUCUAAACUCUACAAUGACGUUGAGAACACAUUCUUGUUUGAUUUUCAGUGGCAUGGCAAAAAUUGGUGCAUGGAUGCAUCCAAGGAAGAUGGGUCCUUGGGAAGACUUGUAAAUGAUGAGCACAGAAAUCCUACAUGCAAAAUAAGAACUGUUGAAGUGAACAAAAAACCUCAUCUGUGUCUUUUUGCUGUACGAGAUAUUCAACCAGGAGAAGAAAUCACUUACAGUUAUGGAGAUUCAGAUUGGCCUUGGCGAGCUAAGGUAUCAUCAACAGAAUCCAGUGAUAAAAGUCCAGUCAGCAGUUUGGAUUUGCAGAAAUUGUUCCAUCAGGCUCCUCCUGUUUCCUCAUCUGCCCUGUAUAAGGUGUACAUCAAUGAACCACAUAAGCAAGUUGAGCCACAACAGUCAGGCAAAGCAAGAACAUCAGAGAAUAAAAUGAAACUCAAAGAUUGCCAUGAGCGCUUUAACAGAGCACAAAUUAAAACGAAAAAGACUGCCAUAGAGCAAUCACAAGAAUAUUUCAUGCCCUCAUCACCUGUGAAGACCACAUCCUCGUCCUCUUCUCCUGUGCAGCCCUCAUCACCUGUGAUGACCACAUCAUCUUCCUCUGCACUUGUGCAGCCCUCAUCACCUGUGAAGACCACAUCAUCGUCCUCUUCUCCUGUGCAGCCCUCAUCACCUGUGAAGACCACAUCAUCGUCCUCUUCUCCUGUGCAGCCCUCAUCACCUGUGAAGACCACAUCAUCUUCCUCUGCCUUUGUGCAGCCCUCAUCACCUGUGAUGACCACAUCAUCGUCCUCUUCUCCUGUGCAGCCCUCAUCACCUGUGAAGACCACAUCCUCGUCCUCUUCUCCUGUGCAGCCCUCAUCACCUGUGAUGACCACAUCAUCUUCCUCUGCACUUGUGCAGCCCUCAUCACCUGUGAAGACCACAUCAUCGUCCUCUUCUCCUGUGCAGCCCUCAUCACCUGUGAAGACCACAUCAUCGUCCUCUUCUCCUGUGCAGCCCUCAUCACCUGUGAAGACCACAUCAUCUUCCUCUGCCUUUGUGCAGCCCUCAUCACCUGUGAUGACCACAUCAUCGUCCUCUUCUCCUGUGCAGCCCUCAUCACCUGUGAAGACCACAUCAUCUUCCUCUGCCUUUGUGCAGCCCUCAUCACCUGUGAUGACCACAUCAUCGUCCUCUUCUCCUGUGCAGCCCUCUACACCCUUGCCCUGUGCUGCUUCCACCCCUGUGAUUUCCUCAUCAAAGGUGUCUGAGACACUGUCUUUAAUGGAGGUGGGUAAUUGA